CUCCAGCUUUGUGGAGAAUACGAGGUGAUCAGAGACGAGGUUUAUUGCCAGAUCAUGAAGCAGAUCACGGACAACUCCAGCACCAAGACGGACAGCUGCCAGAAAGGGUGGAGGCUGCUCUACAUCCUGAGUGCUUAUUACAGAUGCUCUGAGGUCCUCAAACCUUACCUUCUGUGGUUCCUCCAGGACGUCUGCAACGAUCCCACUUUGCAUUUUCAAGGCAUCGCCAGGGCCUGUGAACAGAACCUGCGGAAGACCUUCCAGUUUGGGGGCAGGUGUGGAUUCCCCGGUAACAUGGAGCUCAAAGCCAUGGUGGCCGGUAGGAGCUCGAAGCGCCAGCUGGUCCUCUUGCCGGGGGGGAUUGAGAAGCACCUGAAGAUCAAAACGUGUUCGGUUGCCCUAGAUGUGAUCGAGGAGAUCUGCUACGAAAUGGGACUCCAUCGGCCUGAAGCCUUCAAUGAAUAUAUCAUCUUUGCCGUUACCAGUCAAAAUCAGAACGUCCGGCCUUUGAACAAGAAGGAAUACAUCCUCGAUGUGGUCAUGGAAAUGGAACAAGUGGACAGCGACUACAUGUUCUGGUACCGGCGGGUCAUUUGGAGCCAGCCGCUGAAAUUCGACAAUGAGUUGUAUGUAACCAUGCACUACAACCAGAGGAGAAAUCGUUUCCCUUUGCCAUGGCCAGACACCUUUGGUGCAGCUGAAAACAUGAUCGAGCGUGACCAAAAAAAUGUUAAAAAGUCGAAGUUGGCAAUAGCAGGCCUCGUCGUAAACAAACACAACGCCUACAGCUUGCGCAAACCCACAAGCCAGCGCCAAACCCGCCUGGGCUUCCUCCAGAGGAGCUCCUCUCCUAACCAGUUCUCCCACCUUUGGCGCAUUUCUCGUGGGCCCCGAUCCUGCAAACAGCGCAUCGCUGAAGAAUCCACAAGCUUGACUUGCCGGAUCAAAAAGUGA